AUGGUGAACACAGGGAAGCCAUCGGGUGGCUGUAAGUUGUGCAGAGCACGAAGAAUCAAGUGCGACGAGGGCAAGCCGUUCUGCAUGCGAUGCAGGAAGUCGCGGCGGCAGUGUCCUGGCUACCGCGAUCCAUUCGAGGCCAACAUACGUGACGAAACCGAGGCCACCAUCAAGAGAUUCAAGAAAUCCAGGGGAGAAGACGACUCGGAGGACGAAGGCAAGGAUAUCGUGCCCAUUUGCAACAAGCAGUGCCUGAAGACCGUUGCCGGCCCGAAGUACAAAACGCUCGACUACUCGAACCCCGCUGCCUUCCCCUAUCAUGACGAUGAUGAUACCACCGACGAGGAUAAAGACAUCCCCGCGUCCAUGUUCGACUCGCUAGACGAACAGGCCUCCUGUUACUUCCUGUCAGAGUUCAUUAUUGUUCCUUGUACGCCGGCGGCCCGGGGUUACUACCGGUUCCUCCCUCGAUUUUUGAGCGGACCAAAGGUCUCCAAGUGUCUCUCCCAAGCUUACAAGGCCGUCUCGCUCGCAGCCCUGGCAAGUCGCCGUUCUGUCGACGCCGGUGCCGCCAUGUUCCACGCCCAAGGGCACUACGUCCGUGCUGUCCGGGCCGUCAACAAAGCGAUCAUGGACCCACAGGAGGUGCUGAACGACCAGACUCUCGGAGCGGUGCUGAUGCUGGCGUUUUACGAGAUGUUGACGUCGUCCCGAGAUUCCAUUACCGAAUACAUAAACCACAUGAAAGGCGCUGCCAUCAUGGUCAAGCUCAGAGGCCAAAACGGACUCGAGACGCCCGAAGGCGAGGAAAUGUUUGCGAUAACCCGAAACCAGUGCCUCUCCAUCCACUGCCUUCCCAACUCCCCCGAGGUGUCCGAGUUCACCUGGCUCCUACACCACGAGUGCCGCGGCCGCAUGCAGCACGCGAUAGCCAGUAUGGAUAUCCAGAGCAGCAAGAUCAGGCAGGACGUCGAUCGCCUUCUGAAAGCCGGGGACCGCAAGCCCGAAACGACCCAGAAGGUUCUCAACGCUCUCAGGCGCGCCCAGGCCCUGGAGGCCAAGUUCCGCAGGCUCAACAACGACCCCAGCCCGCAGUGGAAGGUUGACACGAUUGAGCUGAUUCCCGAACUGUCCGAAGAGAAGCUCGACGCGGCGGAGUGCUUUACCGGCCCCGUGUACGGGUUCUUCAAUCUUCCUCUGGCCAUCCUCCACGUGGCCACCUGGUGCUGCCAUCUCAUGCUCACGACCACGAUCCUCCGAUGUAUGGCCUGGCUCGUGUCGCCCAACGACUAUCGCCUCGGCGAGGAAUACGAAGAGCUCAAGCGCUCGGCCCAACUGCGCAUCCAGGACACUAUCGCGUCGACGCCCUACUUCUGCAAGUGGAACGGCUAUGGUGUCGUCGUCGCACAGUUUCCGGUCGGCACCACCAGGCCCGACGAUCCUCUGAAGGGUGCCGCCGGCUUGAUGAUCUUGUGCCCGUUGUUCACUGCGUGCAGCAGCGAUUUCGCGACCCACCAACAAAGACGCUUCCUGAGAGGCCGCCUCAAGUACCUGGCCGAGCUGGCCGGCAUCAAGCAGGCCAAUGUUUUCUACAACGUCAGUGCCCGGAUACAGCUUACCCCCCUCCCCCAAAUCUGGCCCUUGACUCCUGGAGACGCUGACACCGGUCUAGAUGAAAGACGUAUCGUCCCCGUCUCGGGAGAUUGA